GAAAGGUCAGGGACACAAGGUUGUAAUGGCAGCGGUCUGUGCUAUAAUAUGCUGAGAAAACCCAAAGAAAGUAUUCAACUAAAUUUCUUUAUUACUUUCUUUUCUUUGUAUAUUAAAAGAAAGAUUCGAUGAAUCGAAAUGUUCAGUUGUAGAUUUAAAAUUAUGACAUUUUGUUCCCUUUUAUUUAAAAUAAUGUAAAACUCAAUGAUGUGCGGCCAACCAACACACCAAGUAACCAUAUAUCGAUAAACGCUGGUUUAGCCACAAAAACCAGUCUAAGCAAUAUAGUUCUUUAAUCUGACCACUUAAGUAUUUUAUAUAAUAUAUUCAUGCUUAUUGAGGUUAGGUAUCAUUUUACAUGAUUUAUGUCUGUUAAAUAGUUAAAUCAAAUGGUUAGAAUUAGAGCAUCAUUAACAUGCAAUGCCCCACCAUCCAUUUUCCAUACCAUGGCAUGGGCAUGGGAGAUCAGAUUUGGUUGAAUUAUGAUGAUGGGGUGUGGUCCUAGUUUUUACUAGGCCUUUUUUUACUUUUGGUAAUCUCUUAAAUUAAUUGCAGUUAUGCAAAUUGAAUUAUCGGUAACCUUUGCUUUCUGCACCACACAUUUGUGACGACUCAUCUUUUUUUCCAUUAAAAAAUAUAUUGACAUAAUUUAUUCCACAUGUUCUUGGGAAAAAGCAAAAGAUACAUCUUUUAAAUUGUAGUGUAUUUAUAAUUUUAUUUUUCCAUUUUCAAUUCCUGUCUUUUUAAUUUUUUUAGUACAUUAAUUUACUGCACAUAGACAUAAGAUGGCUACACUGCGCACGUUGAUCCAUUAGAACUACUACCUGGGGUUUGCGUUGAUUUAAUUAAUUAAAUUGGAAAUGUUAGUUUGAUAAGAAACUAUCCUUACUAUGUUUUUUAAAUUAAUAAACUACAAAGCUUUUUUUAAUGUUGCAGAGAGACUUACACAAGAUGGAUAUUGAACCCAUUUCUUGUACUGAUGUCAUACACUAUAUCUUGAGUGUCUAGUGAGCCAGAAAGUUAUUUCAAAGGAAUGCGUUAUCUGCCCACCAGUUUCCUUAACUUAGCUCAUUAAAUAUUGUAUCAUGAGUGUCUAUAAAAGCCUUUCGGGACUGAAAGUUGCACUUCCUGUUGACAUAUCGAGGCUUACAGGCCUAUCACGACCCAUUAAAUUAACAGCUUUGAGUUUGUCCCUCGGUGUGGCAUUAAUUGGUGCGCUGGCUGUAUUCUUUAGAAAGCGGCGAAAGCGGACACAGAUGAUUCAGAAAAAGCUUGCAGCCAAAAAUGAGCAAAGACAACAGAUCAAUGGUCCUAACCACCUUCCCCACCCUGCAUCUCAACAUCUCAAAAAGCAGCAUGGAACAAAUUCAUCGGCACCAGUCACCAGGUCAGCAAGCUCAUCAUUCAGGAAGUUGAGGAGUAAUCAUUUAACAAAGACUCAAACACCAAAUGGAGGUAAAGUGAUUGCUGCUUUGGGUUUAAAAAAGUGUCUCCAAAUUUAUAACGCCUUUUUUUUUUACUUAACUUGAGUGAGCUUUGUUUGUCUUAUAGGGACUUAUAGGGAUAUAAGCUAGUGUUUUAUAGUUUUCCUUUGUAAGUAAAACUGCUUUAUUAAGUAAAUUUAAGGGAUUUUUUCAAAAGCUUACAAAAUUACAAUUAUAAAUUAUGGACUAGUUAUCAACAAAAUUUAAAUGUCAAACAUUAAUUUUAUUGAGCUUUGUUUUGAUUUCCUCAAUUUGGCUUAACCUCUUCAGAUGUACUUCAUUCUUCGAAGAAAAACAAUUUAUCAAGCAGUGUUGAUGGCAGCAAUUGUGGUAGUGGGGAUGUUGGAAAUCUCUUGAGACAAAGAGCCCUUUCUGCAUCCAUGAACAGUUUAGGUGGUGUUUCCAACAAUUCAAGUUCUUCUACUAUUACUCACUCAGGAUUAGACACUGCCAACAUGACCAGUGCUGACCUCUGUCAGUUGGGUAAGUUGUCUUAGAAUACCCUCUAUUCCCAGUGUUUUGGAUAGUAAUUAACCUUAAGAAUUUUUUUUUUGGCCUGAUUCAAUUUGAACUGAUUGAAAAAGGUUUUAAAGGAUAUUUAGGAGGGUUUUUUAAAUUUCAAGGUGUGUGGAAAGUAUGUUUAUUAACAAGUUUAAUUUUGAAAUAAUAUCCACAUCGAUGUAACUGAAAAUUAAUCUAUGCACAUUUCAAAUGUCAAAUAACUGACAACCAAAAGUGCUCUACAAAAUGUGCAUCACGCAGAGCUAAAUGUAUAAUUAUGCUAAUACCAUGUUUAAAACCAUUUUUUUUUUAAAACUAUAUUUAUGUUUCAAGCUGUACCUUUUUUUUAUCUUAACUACACCAGGAAUGGAGAACCUUUCCUUAGCAAUUUCAUAUUGGGAAGAUGCUGUUAUGAAGCUGUCCUACUUGGAUGAACAACAGAAUUCUUCUGUGUUAGCUAUUCCAGUAAGUGCUUUCAGAAUUAUUGAAAAGCAAGUUUAAAUACCUGUAUUAACCAGCCAAGCUUUAUCUUGGAAACUAUGCCGUUUUAUUUAAAUUUUACAUCAUUUAAUCUUUAUUCAACCAGUACUGGAUAAAAAAAGAAUUUCUACAAGUCUUUUUUUGUUAAUUAAAAUUUAAUUACACUAUAUUUAUCUUAUUAUUUUGAAAACCUACAGGAUGAAGACACUGCAAAUUUACAGCACAGACUUGAAAAUCUUCUGGACCUUGCCUACCGCAUGCAGGAGAACUAUGAGCGCCUAUGUGAUCGCCAGGUAGAGUCGAUAGCCCUGGAGUCUGCCCUGGCUGUCUUUGCUGAGAGAGACAGAGAGAGGAGUUUUGAUGAUGAUUCUAGUGAUCAGGAAUCUUUUGUUUCUGCCACAGAUGUAAGUAGUUGCUGUCAGACAUAAUGUUUUAUAUGUUACAGAUGUGGCAGUUAUGAAUUUCAAUUCAUUAAGAAAAACUAUUUCAUGAAAAUAAAUCUGAUGCUAACCCUAUAACUUUCAAGUGCAUUUUUCUGUAAGUGUCAAGCCAUUUUAGCAUUUUUAUAUGCUGUCAAAAAUGACUUAACCCCAUACUAAAUAAAUAGAGACCCUAACAAGUAUAUUGCUCAAACUAUCAAAAGCUAGAAAAUGUCAAGUUAUGGGUACUAUAGUUAAAAUUGCAAUAUUAGUCAAGUUUCUUCCAAAUUUCUAUCAUACAAAAUAAAAAGGGAAAGCAUAAAAUCGGUUCAUAAAUUCUUUUUCAAAUGAAGUUAUUAAAUCAAUUUUUUUUAUUAAUUAAUACUUCAGAACAUUCACAAACAUAAAUGUCUUUGAAUCUCUUUAGGCUCCGUCUUUGGGAUCCAAUCUUUGUCUUUUCUUUUCCCAAACGAAUUUGUCUGUAACAAUAUGACUAAGCCUAGGGCUAAAAUUGUCAAUAUCUGACUCUUAUGUCGUCAUCACUGCUAGAACUAAUCCUGUCAUUACUAGCACAUGAAAUAUCUCUGACGUCAUUGCUUUCAUUUUAGUCCAUUUGAAAUAAUUCUAAUAAAGAAAUUCUGUGUUGAUUUUGCAAUCUAGAGGGGGACCCUCUCCAGUACAGACAUUAUGGCGGUCAAAAAAAAAUGUCACACCUGGAUUAAUCACAUAAAAAGCCCUGAUAAAAGUAUUUUAGCACAUAGAAAUGUAAACUUGACAUACUAAUAUACAUUAAAGCAUUCUCAUUUUAAAUAACAAUUUGGCUAGCAGUGGAUUAUUUUGACUGGGACACUCGGGAAAGGGGUUUAACUGUCAAUGGCCAUUAUGAUAGUUAUAUGGUUAGUAUCGAUAGAAAUAAAAUUUAUAUUGCAGGAAAUAUUCAGAUUGUAUUAGAAUACUAUCCGUCGCUUUAAUUUAUUGGCAAAGCUCCCAGAACUAUGCUAUCUGGCCAGAUAAGUUUUUGUGUUGUGUCAGAAAUAUAUGUUGACUACUAUAGCCUUUUUUUCAUGAGAGUGUAGUCAGCCCUUUGGCUUAGGUUGCUCAGCUUUUUCUGUCUUGGUUUCCUUCUCUUCAUGAAUAGCUGCUUUACUGGUCUGAAAAGUCCAUUCCACUUAGUUUGUUGUAAGAUUUUCCUUUUCUCAGUUUUUCCCCCCUUUGAAUGACAAAUUUGUUGACUAAAUUAAACUUAUAAAAAGUAAAAGCUAUACAUUAGACUCACAUAGAUUGUGACACAGUAAAAAAUGGUUACUUUUCAGAUGGCUCACUUAACAGAUCUGGACUUUAACCGUGAUAUUUUACAUCAUGUACCUCUGUAUGAAGCUGGUAUGUUGGAACUUAAAUAUGGCAAUGUGCCCUGUCGAACAAUUAGGUAAGCACAAAUGGAAUGGUGGGAAAAGAAAAAAAAAUAACACAACUUUAUUAUUAUUUCCAACAACUCCCAUAAAUAUUUAUAAUUUUUUUUUAUGUAUAGGUAAUGAAAAUCUGCUUUAGUCUGUUUUGUUUACAGUGAUAAAACAAGACUUUAUGAAUUAAUCUUCUAUUGAGAGGAAAUAAAAAGUAAGCUUCAGUAACAUUUAUUUUAUUGUUCAAAAGAGCCACAUCUUAACAACACUAACAGCUUAAUUCUUUAUUUCUUACAGACCAGAGAUGGUACAGUGUCUUUCCGAUGUGGAAUUUCUGGCCAAACUCCAUGGCAUCCGUUUGGCUUUCUAUGUAAGUUUACAACUGAUGUUACAAUAGCCUGCUUCUAAAAGCUCAGUGAAUCUACUAAUAGGAUCUGGAGCUUAUAUCAGAUUUCUGUAUGUUUUGUCUCUUUCUUGAUUCCAGUCGAUCUUCCAAGAUGAAAGCAAGAGAGAUUGGUUUAAAGCCAUGGGCAGGAAGUUGGUAGGAGAUCUCAUGAUCAAAGCAGACAAAGUAAGAGGUUUUUUUUAACACGCCUAAAAUAAGAAUUGAAUUAAACUUAUUUUGUUUUGGAAAUAAAAACAAUAUUUUAAUGUAUGCUUAAGACAUCAGUAGAUUUUUACUGUAAAGCAUUCAUAAUUAGAAUAGCUUUUGAUUUAUUCAUAAUAACUGAUUCCUUUGACCCUGCUGUCCCAUCCAAACAGGAUGUUGAUGAGUUCCACAGUACCUAUGACAAAAUGAUGCAGUUCAUCAGUGUGGACUCCAACUGGCCCAUGAUUGAAGAGGAAUUGAGAGGGAGAGGAGUACGUUUUUAAGAGAGGCUUGUUAACAAAUACCAAAAAUAUUCAAAGACUUAUGAAGAUUUAAUUUCAUAGUUUGUAUUAUGUGUUCUGGUGUGUGUCGUUAUUUAACUAACCAUGUCAUUUUGUUGUUGGAGGUGUUGUGUCAACAAGGGGAUGUAAUGCUUUCCAUUUUCUACUCCAAGAGUUCGGUUUCCAACAAAGUCCAAAUUCCCUUUCAUAUGUUCGAGAGUCAGGUGACAUUCCCUUUCAAAGGGUUUUUUUUUUUUUUUAAAUUAAAUAAUUCAUUAUGGUUGAAUAAAAUAUAAAAUAAAUUAUACCUUAAAUUUAAGUGUAAAAAAAAAAUAAAAACGGUUUCCAACAAAGUCCAAAUUCCCUUUCAUAUGUUCGAGAGUCAGGUGACAUUCCCUUUCAAAGGGUUUUUUUUUUUUUUAAAUUAAAUAAUUCAUUAUGGUUGAAUAAAAUAUAACAUAAAUGACACCUUAAAUUGCAGUGUAAAAAAAAAAUGAAAUGCAAUGCAAAAAGUGUGUUAGCCUACAUUGUACAAAAAUAAUAUGUCCCUCAAUUCAAGUAAAAAAUUUUAUUGUUUUAUUUUCAGCCAAGAAAUUGGAUUUUUUCAUUAGGUCUUUAACUCUUAAAGUCUGACGCGUCAGUCUAACUGGCUUUCUGCCGGUCACGUUUGAUGCGGUCUAGUCUAUGUGGCAUUUCAUAGUAACUUUUUAAUUUUGGGAUUUUAUAUAAAUAUUUCGGUAUCUUGUCCAAAUCAAUAUUUCCGCAUCCUCUUCCAGUGUUUACAUUUUUCAAACGUGCAAGGAAUUUGUUUUUUAUCUCAAUUUUACUAAAUUUUUUAUGAAAUAUUGUCUGUGGUCACAUAGGGUCAAAUUUUAUCACAACAAAAUUAAAGCGUCAAAACGUGGAUUUUACCUACGGGCACCAAAAGUUAUGUGUCUUGUCAGAAUUGAGUAGAUGACAUGACUAUUUCUUUUAAAUCAUAUUAAUAAUGAUUUAAAAUGUAGCUUAUCCGAUGAAUAGAUUGCAAGACACAUCUGAUCAAUUUAUUAUAAUAUAAACUCAAUAUUACUUUGAUGAAAUUCAUCAGUAUGUAACAACAUUGAUGAAUUUAAUCACUGUGUAACAACAUUGAUGAAUUUAAUCAGUAUGUAACAACAUUGAUGAAUUCAAUCACUAUGUAACAACAUUUAUGAAUUUAAUCAGUAUGUAACAACAUUGAUGAAUUUAAUCAGUAUGUAACAUUGAUGAAUUCAAUCACUAUGUAACAACAUUGAUGAAUUUAAUCAGUAUGUAACAUUGAUGAAUUCAAUCACUAUGUAACAACAUUUAUGAAUUAAUCAGUAUGUAACAACAUUGAUGAAUUCAAUCUCUAUGUAACACAUCUGAUCAUGUUUCAGGUUAGAGUGAUGUCAUUCUAUGACAUUGUCCUUGACUUUAUCAUGAUGGAUGCUUUUGAUGACUUGGCUAAUCCUCCAUCCACUGUGUUGACGGUUGUACAGAACAGAUGGUUAUCCAAUGGAUUCAAAGAAACUGUAAGGCCUAUUACUUAACAUAUUUUUGGUUGGGUCUGAACAAACAAUAAAUCCAUCUUUAAAUCCGAUGAUCCUAAAUUAAAUAUAAAUUAAGUAAUUUCACUUUUUAAAAUUUUUUAAUUAAAAAAAAACAUUUAUCCUCUCUGUCCCAUAGCAGAAAAAACUAUGCUACCAAUAGUACCAAGGAAAUGUAGGGAGUUACUAAUAAAAUUCUUUGAAAUUUUCUCUUUGAUAUUAAUCAUAUCUUUUUGUCAUGCGGCACUUUUUCUGGAUUUAUUGACCAACUUGUUUACAUUCUGUAAUUUUUUAUUAUUCUAGGCUUUGGCGACUGCUGUCUGGUCCGUUUUGAAAGCCAAGAGAAGUUUACUUAAGGUUGGCACACUUUGAUGUUGAAAAAUUAGGCAAACCUUGUCUGUUCUACCCAUUUCAAGAUUUUAAAUGAUAACUUCAUGGUUCAGUUUUGUACGGCCUUAAUUGGAUCAAUUACAAAAUUUGUAUGAUGGUUCGUCAAUUUUGUAUAACCAUAUCCUGAUAUUUUAACCCUUUCCCCUGUUGUUAAAAUGAUGGAUCAGUUGCAUAGUUUUUGCCAUGGUUCCGUAAUUCAGUUUUAUGUGACACUAAUCUGAUGUCGUUAACAUUUCACCUGCAGUUUAACGAUGGCUUCAUUGCUCACUUCUAUUCAAUCACUGAACAUACAAGUCCCUUGCUGGCCUGGGGAUUCCUCGGACCUGACACCGAGCUCAAAGAAAUGUGCAAUUUUUUCAAGGUCAGUUCAUCCUGUGUUAUAAUGAUGAUUAACGUACAGUCAAGAUCAUUUCACAAUGUAUUCUCAUAAUAUUGAUUCAAUGUAUAGCAGAAAAAUAAUUAGAAAACUUGGUCUGGCAAAGUGAGAUAAGAUUUCUAAGUCUAGUCAUUUAGUUUCGUCAUUGAUCGAGAGUAAUGAAAAAGGCCUUGAUUAAUUCUGUUAUGUUUCAACUUUGGCCAGCAGAUCUUUUGUUGUUCAGAUCUUGUCGCAAUUAUUUGGGGGAUUUUCGUUAUUUUUCUCCUCAUAUUCUUGAAACAAAUAUAUUCAAUUCUUGGCUUGUGCAAGGAUUUUACUUUUUGGGUUUUUCAUUUCACAAAAUUUCUUCUUUUUCUUUUUGGUUUUUUUUUUUUUCCAAAUUUUUUUUUUUUUUCCCCCCCCCCCCCCCCAUCUCUGAUUUUAAGUUAUGAAGAGUUGUUUUAUUUAAACGUUGAUAACUUUCUCUACUUUUACAGGAUCUGGUGUUAGGAUUUAUUAGAGACAUUUUCAGUUUUGAUAAGGUCCGGUACACAACGGUGGAUGCAUUGGCACAGGAUAUCCUCAAGCUGGCCGAGGUCCAGAGUGAAACGGCAGCAGAAAGGUUAAAGUCGGGCAGUCCUGAUGUCACGCCGGUGGCGUCCUACUGUUGAUGCGAGCAACUUGAGGUUUCACACACACACACAAAUAACAUGCCCCCCCCCCAAACAUUUCUGUUUAUCACAACAGAGACUUAGAAAAUGAAUAUUUUAUCAAGCGAAGUAGUUGAUAUAAACUAGAGACUUAGUCAUUCUAUGAUAAUGUAAACAUUCGAAAAAAUUAUAAGUAUGAAGUUAUCUUUUGAUUUUAAAAAUGUGUAAUCUUGGACAUAAUUUGUAACUGUUUGGUUGAAUGCACAGCAUUCAGAGCUAAACCCUUCAUACAACAUGGGCUUUUUAGCACUAAGUUGUCGGUCUGCUCCGGUUGGUAAGACAAAAACUGUCAUGUUGGUUGUAUGACAGGAUCUGAUAUUGGACAUGGUGUGAGAAGGUAAUGGGACCAUGAUUACGUUAUUUUUAUCUUUUAAUCUAAAUGUAUUUUUAUCCAACAUUAUUUGUUGAGCCAGAAACAAAUUUUAUUGAUUUUAUUGUCAUACUCCCGUAGUGAGGGCCAAGGAUGGUUCUGCUAAUCUAUGAAACUUUUGACCUACUAAACCAGAGUGGUCUCCCUUAAUAAUAUAUGUAGUCACCCUGUUAACCACAGUCUUAGGCUACAACCACACACACACACACCCACACUCAGCUGUGAUAUCACAUUACCUAUUACUGUGCGUUUAUUCUAUUCAUGCCUAAUGAAUGUUCUUCUAUAAGGUUUUGUUGUUUUUACUAUGACUUAUUAAUUAUUCAAGUAUCCACAUAGGUUUAUAAGCUCAUUUGUUAAUGUGGGUUUUCAAUGAAAUUUUUAAUAUUCAAUGAAUAACCACAAAAGCUAGUUUUCUGAUGUAAACAGACAAAUGGAACACACUUGUGAACAGACUUGUAGCAUUUUCUUUCAACUAAAAUCCCAAUGUUAAAGUACAUGUCAGAGUUCCAAGGUCAUACCUGUAUUUCUGAAUAUAGUCAGUACCUGAUGUACCAAAACAGAGAGGUGUAGCCUGCUGAUAACAUCAAGUAUACAUUUUUCUCUUCAUCUAUAGCAAGGUGCUUUGUAAACGUAUUUUAAAAAAUCAUUUGCUCAGUUGCAAACUGGUUAUAGCAUUCUCAGAGAAAAAAGAUGAAAUGCUAUUCCCAGAGAAAUCUAAAGAUUUUCUAUUCAUGCAAUAGGAAGUCUGGUCAGCUCAGGUCUGCUGGACUCAACAGCUGCAAUGGUUUGUAUUGAGGUGUUUGCUUAGUUUAAAUUGUAAAAACACGAUUUUUUGACUGUAUAAAAAACUUCCUUGAUCCAUGUAAAAUAUUUUACUGUAAAAUGUCAAAUUUAAAUUGUCAACAAAAAUAAGCUAUGGAUUCUGUCUCAUGGGAUUCACAUUUCAUAAAAAAUCGAUUUUUUA